AUGCCGCUGUCGCACAAAUCUCAACGGAUCCCCAGUUUCUGGGACAGUUCUUCGGCGGACCCUCUGGUCAUAUUCCGAGUCCCUCCAAAGCUCGACUUGACGCCUGGUUUAGGAAAUAGCGAGCAAAAAGAAACUACCGAUGACGCGAAGCACGCGGACAACACAGUCUCGAGUGUCUCCUCUACUUGCUCUUCUCGAAGACGGACGAACAUCACCUCUCUCCCACCCGAAAUCAUCCUCGAAAUUGUCGAUCGUCUUCAUCCUGUCGACCGUGUCUGUCUCGGCCUGACAUGCAAAUACCUGCUUUCCUCCACCAUACCUACUCUACAUAUCACACGCUCAGACUGGCUGCGCUUUCACGAUCGGCGGUACAGCUUCCUCCUCCCUCAGAUGCCCACGCUCUAUGUACGACUCGCUCACGGCUGGGUUCCCAAGGAUAAAUUUCGCUACUGUUAUCGCUGCUCCAAGAUCCUUCCGCGUUCGCGUGAAUACUUUUGGAAGAGACUGCGCAGGACGAAGAGUCCAAGGUUUCGCAAUGGACUGGGCAUAUCGGAAAAACACUGGAACUCGCUGGGCAAGAAGGGGAAAUAUGCAUAUUUGGUCGAGAACUGGUGCCAUUCACCCGAGGAGGAUAGCAGCGGUUUCUUCUGUGGACACUGCUACUGGCGGGAAAAGGAUCGCAUCAACUGUCCUGUAGGCUCGUGGUGUGAUUUUGAGGGUGCUCGACGACUCAACAUUGAAGCCUCGGAGGAGUUGUAUUCUGGGUUGAGAAACAUGGUUCACGAGCAUGUCCCGGGCAAAUAG